UCCUCGAUCGUCCGGUGACAUCACUGAUCAGCUGAUCUGCUGCUGAACUCGUCCCUUGUUGUUGUUUUUUCUUCUGCAGUGAUUCUUCAUCAUGACGGAGCUCCGGAGUCUGCAGCUGGCAGAAGGAACAGAGUCUGCAGACAGCGGCAUCGGAGACGUGGACGACCUGCCGCUUCCUCAGCAGAUCACCGUCAGCAGCAUCACCUGCGACUCCUUCAAGAUCAGCUGGUCCAUGGACAGCAGAGGGAGGGACCGCAUCAGCCACUACUUCAUCGACCUGAACAAGAAGGAGAACGUGAGCUGCAACAAGUUCAAACACAAGGACGUUCCCACCAAGCUGGUGGCGAAGGCGGUUCCGCUGCCGAUGACGGUCCGAGGUCACUGGUUCCUGAGUCCUCGGACCGAGUACACCGUCGCCGUGCAGACGGCCGCCAAGCAGCCGGACGGAGAAUACGCCGUUUCCCAGUGGAGCGAGAUCAUCGAGUUCUGCACCGCAGAUUAUUCCAGCGUCCACCUGAACCAGCUGCUGCAGAAAGCCGAGGCCAUCAGCGGCAGGAUGCUGCCGUUCACUGUCUUCUACAGGAACCAGCAGACCGACUACUUCCUGCCAGACAGAGAUGCUCAGUGUUGCCACCUGCUGCCGACGGUGAAGGACAACAGCGGCAGCAACGGUUCGCCCAUCAGUGGAAAACUGGAGGGAAUCUUCUUCAGCUGCAACACAGAGUUCAACACCGGGAAACCCCCACAGGACUCCCCGUAUGGACCCCACCGCUUCCAGAUCCAGGCCGACGUCCUCUUCAACCACAACACCAACGUGUACUUCGGGGAUUUCUACUGCAUGUACACGUCGUACCACUACGUCAUCGUGGUUUUGGCUCCCGUCGGCUCCACAGGAGACUCCUUCUGUAAGGGGAGGCUGCCAGUACUGGACCGGUCCAACAACCGCUUCCUGACCCGCACCGAGGAGGUCGACGGCUCGCUGUCCUUCCGCCACGCUCAGGACGUCAUCCUGGAGGUGAUCUACACCGAGCCGGUGGACCUGUCGCUGGGGAUGGUGGCCCGGAUCAGCGGCCACCAGCUCAUGAGCCUGUCCACCGCCAACGCCAAGAAGGACCCCAGCUGUAAGAUCUGCAACAUCAGCGUCGGACGUUAGCUUCACCCCGGAUCACCAGCUAACCCGCGUAGCCGCUAACAGCUAAGCUACUAAUAAACUCACCGUUCUCUCUCUCUCUGUGGAAUAGUUUGGUGCUGCUGAUAGAGACCCAGAAGAACAAACCCACGGAUGGUCUGCAGCAGGUUUCAGAGUGACGGCGCCCUCUGGUGGCCACAGCAGUGAUCACAGCAGGAGGUCAGGGUGGAUGGAUGGGAAUGUUCAUUUGAACCCUCUGAACAGUUUCUGGUGGUUUUCUGUCUCGUUUUUCUUCACUGAGGUUCGUUUUAAAGUCCUGCAGCUCUGAUGAACCAGAACAUGAAGAAGGAGAGAGAUGUUUCUCAGAACGAUGGGAACCAGGAAAGAAAGAAAACAGUUGAAAUGAUUUUAUUAUUUGUCUUACAAAGAUUGAUAAACCUGGAAGCAACACGUCCAACAUGUUCUGACAGAUGUCCCCAACACUGGAACUAACGUCGGUUCCACAUUCUGGAGAUAUUUCUGGUUCUGCUACAGACUGUUUCCUCUCUGCUCUGUGGAAACAUCUCCGUCACGUCAUCUUCAGAAGAUGUCAGAUUAGAUGUCAGACCAGCAGGUUUCCAUCUGGUAGCUUCUCUCUGAGCUCACAGAUAAAAACUGGACGUUAAAACAGCUCAGCUUCAAUAAAACUGUUCUCAGUCACACAUUUUUCUGGUUCUGUUCAUCCAUCCAGGCGUCACAAUCCAGAGAUACGUAGAACCUGGUUUCUGUUCAUUUCCUCUAGAACAGGGGUCGGCAACCCGCGGCUCCGGAGCCGCAUGCGGCUCUUUUAUCCCUCUGUUGUGGCUCCCUGUAACUUUGGAAAAUACAUUGUUCUGCCUUUCAAUGCAUUUUAAUAUAGAGAAUUUUAUUGUGAAAUUACCGCUCUUACUUUGACGUGUCACUCCACCGGAUGUGCUGUGCCUGUGACAUGAGAGCGCAAAGUUGAUGCAGAGAGACAACACGGAGCUUCCGAUUCCCACACGUUCAUGUCUUUUUAAAAUUUUACUCCUGGAGAAGCAACGUCUGUAGUUUCACAUCGUUUUGUACUCAAGAAUGUCAAGUCUGUAUAUUAAAGCUCCACUCCAAGAAAGACACGUCUUGUCUUUGAGUCAAAAGUACUCAUGAUAGGAUCGCAAGAACACGGCUCGAUAUCCAGGCAGCAGGUCAGAGAGUCAGAGGAGUGUCGUCUUGGAAAACAGGGCAGCGACUUACCGGAGAAAAGUUAUUAGCUUAAGAUAAAUAGAUUUUACAAGUUAAACAGACAUUCGCAAAAUAUUGAUUUCCAGCUAACAUUACGUAACAUAUGAGGUCCAGGAGCAAAAAUGACAUUAACCAAGUAAGAUAAAUAUUAGUGGUAGGACACAAUUAAAAAAUGAAUCUAUCUAAUCAGAGGCUUUGUAAUUAAUUAAUCACGACUGAUUAACAAGGGCAUAGAGGUAAAAAAGUGAUAUAUGCAGUGUUGUCUUCAUUUUAAAUGCCAAAAGGAUUUUGCGGCUCCCGGUGUUUUCUUUUCUGUGAGAAACGGGUCGAAAUGGCUCUUUGAGUGUUAAAGGUUGCCGACCCCUGCUCUAGAACCAGCUGUGAUCAUCAGUAUUAUGGGAUGUAUCCUGGUGUGAACAGUUUAGAGUCCUACAAACAAUCAUUGGUUCCUGGAUGUGUUUCUGGUUUCUGAUAAUUCACCAGAUAAACUUAAAAAAGGUCAUUGUGGCUGAACUUUAAGGCUCAUAUCAGCAGGUUGGGAGGUGGUUGGUAGAUCUGCUUUGAUUUUUUACACAUUUCCUGUUUUGUUUUCACAUUUCAUUAAAGUAAAUUGAUCUACAGAUAAUACCAGUAAAACCAGUGAAACCAGUAUUAAUUUAUAUAUUACCAAUAUGACAACAGGCCUGUAUCUGUGUUUAAUAAAUGGGAAUUCAUUCUUUUA